AUGAGCAAGGUGCAGGUUGGGCCACUGGAGGUGCAGGGACCCACCACAAGUCCUGGCAGAGGAUGCGUUUUGUGGCCCCUGACAUUACUCAGCUAUUUGUUUCUCUUCCAGGGCUGCCAGACCCAGGGACCACUCUCCGAGCUGGAGAAGUCCAUAGAUGUCAUCAUCGAUGUCUUCCACCAGUACUCGAGACGGGAGGGGGACAAGGACACCCUGACCAGGAGGGAGCUGAAGCUCUUGAUUGAGAAGCAGCUCGUGAACUACCUGAAGCACGUGAAAAACCAGGUCUCCAUCGACCAAAUCUUCAAGGACCUCGACACCAAUAAGGAUGAGCAGCUGAGUUUUGGCGAGGUGAUGCUCCUGAUCAUCCGUGUGACUGUCGCCACCCACGAGCACCUCCACUUCUGCGAGGACAAGCUGCACCACCAGCAGCACCAGCAGCAGCACCAGCACCAGCACAACCACUGA